AUGGCUCGGGGAAUGGGUCUGAGCUUCAACGCUCUUCUCGUUGUCGCUUUGCUUCUUGUUCUGCUUCCUUCUCAGGUCCAUGCGUUCGGCGCUGGCAACAUCGCUUCUAUCUCUGCCGUCGAGGGCAAGAACUGGCGACAUGGCGACAUCGAGGACAUGCUCAAGACGAUCGCCUUUAUCAAAGGCCACAAAUGGACAUCCAGCAUGAUCAAGCGGGUUUACUUCGGAAACUGGCUGCGAGACUACUCGCAGGCAAUGGACGUUGGUACCCUCAAGAGCAUUCCCGCCGAUACCAUCCGCAUUCUCGUUUGGAUCCUUUCUUUCAUGACAUUUGGCUAUGCGACGGCUGAAUACGAGGUUACGCUGGAUAGACUCGGUGUUUAUCGCCCGGAGGAACAUAUUGAUAAUCCCAAAGACUACGCAGACAACCAGGAUGCUCGCCAGUACGACUCUCGACUCCGUGGCCCGGUCCGCCGGGUUGAACUCGAUAUCGAUCCCCAGACUGGUAUGAAGAACUACAUCGCCAACGAACAAGGAGAUUGGGCUACUAGUACCGCCUACAUCAAAUAUAGUCUGGCCCGGAGCAUCCACUACGGAAGGUUGUAUACUAGUGGACACCGUAAAGGAAACGAGGAGGACCUCAACGAGGCCUUGCGAUGCCUGGGACAGGGCCUUCAUACCCUGGAGGAUUUUGCGGCGCAUACCAACUACUGCGAACUCGCACUUCGCGAGAUGGGUUUCCGCAAUGUGUUCCCCCACACUGGUGCGGCAACGGAGAUGAACCUCCACGGCCAUCGUGUCUUCCCUCUGGUGACUGGCACCUUCGGUAUGGUCGACUUCUUCCACUCCGUCCUUGGGGAAGCCACGGACCAUUUCACACAGUCGGAGGUCAACGAAAUGGAUAUUGCUCUUGGAGAUGCUCAGGCAAACUCGUCUGGUGGAUCCCUUGCUGCUUUCACGGGCUUGCUGGGAAAGAUUCCGGGAACCCGGGAUCUUGUCUCUCAGGCCGAAGAGCUCAAGCGCCGCUCGGAGGCUCAGCAGUACGCUAACCAGCACGCCGGUCAGCGGUCGGGGUAUGCCUCGCAGGAAUCGUCUCGGGGCUUUGAUGACUACAGCUCGGGCGUUGAUCGCGAUUUUGGAGAGUCGCGCAGCCGGGCGUCCGGGUCCAACAGGCCUUCUUCCUCCGGCGGUUCGGCUGGACCUGGCUUGCCAGGGUUGCCAGACUUCGAUCCAUCCAAGACUGUCUCUCAGAUCUACCCCAUCCUGGAAUUCAGAGACAAUGUAGUCCGAAAGCUGUCGGCGAUCAUCGAGAAGAUCCCUGGCCUGGAGUCGCUAGUGGAAAAGAUCAGCGAGACUUUGACGGUCUUCGUCAUGUCUCUGUUGGCCCCAUUCAUUCGUCCCAUCAUCAAUGCCGCUUCCAAAUCGCUGCAAACUGGUUCCUCGGGCGUGAUUGAAGCCUCCGGCGAGCAUCAAUUUGAACCAUGGACCGACCCUCACUGCACCGACCCCACACACUCGAUGCUUUCCAAGGAUCACUUCUCCAACGUGCUCAACGAACCCGCCGGUCGGGUCGCCUCGGCCAUCCUCAAGUAUGUAGCUCCUCGCGUCUUGUACGCUUGGGAACAUACCGAAGUCCCUGACCAGCAGGUUCUUGAGGACUGCCUGCGGAUAUUCCACCAUCCUGCCUUGCGGGACAUGCGCAAUGAGGCACACCGGACCAUGUUCGAGGCGGUAGAGGCUUGGGCACACUCCCGUCCCCGCCGUGGUGCCGAUCUCAAUGAUAUCCUCAGCUCCGAGGGCGUCAAGACAGGAAAAAACAAUGGCGGCCAGGUCGGUCACUCACACGGUGGCGGCAGCAGCGGCUUUCCCGCAUUGGGGGGUAACAAGCCCAGUCACGGGCACGGUGGUCAUCAGCAAUACUCGUCCCAUCACCAGUCCCAGCCGCAGCAACAAACCCAGCAGCAGGGCUCUUCUCUUCCAUGGGACCAGCUCUCCAAGCUUCCCAUUCCUGGCCUAUCCAAUCUGGGCAAGCUGGAGGGUGCCUUCUCCAGUUUCCUGCCCGGUGGUUCCUCGAGAGAGCAAGGCGAAAGCACACCACCUGAGCCGCAGCCUCAGUACGAAUCACGCCCUCAGCAUCACCAGCAGUACUCCGGCGGCCGACCAUACCCUGGCGGCGACUACAGCGAGCAUCCCGGUGGUCAUCACGGCGGGCGUCAUGACGAACGCUACGGAAGCCAAUAUAGCCAACCGCCUACGGGUCCUGGCUACGGACGUCCAGAGCACCAGCAUCAGGAACAUCACCACCGUCAAUCGCAGGGAUACGGCCAGGGGCAUAACAAUUACCCCGGCCAGGGAUAUAGUGAUGGAUAUGGCUCCGGUGGGCAUCGGUAUUGA